UACGUACUUGAAAUAAUGAAGCGUUUGGGGGAUAAAUGUAACUGCAGAGACAAAAUAUCAUCGCCCAUUACUAAAUACACGGAGUUAGAACCAGCUCUUUGCCAAGAGUUGCGCAAAAUCGUAGACGCGAUCGUAGUACCAGGAAAAGGACUGCUAGCUUGUGACGAGUCUCCUUCAACUUUUCAAGAACGAUUCGACGAGAUCGGCGUGGAAAAUACCGAAAUUAAUCGUCGCGAUUAUCGGCAAAUGUUGUUCACCGCAGAUAAGUCUCAAUUUUCAAAAUACAUAAGUGCUGUUAUUCUGCAUCACGAGACAGUUUAUCAAAAAACAUCCGAUGACGUCGAAUUGAUCGAAUUGCUACGUCAGAGAGAUGUCGUACCCGGCAUUAAGGUCGAUAAGGGCCUGGUCCCAUUAUUUAGUUCGAAGGACGAGAAUACUACGGAAGGCUUGGACAAUUUGCAAGAGAGAUGCAUUCAAUAUAAACGAGAUGGCUGUCACUUCACCAAAUGGAGAUGCACAUUCACAAUCUCAGAGACCACGCCGAGUCAACUGGCCAUGGUUACGAAUGCGAACGUCCUUGCAAGAUAUGCCAGUAUAUGUCAGAGUGCACGAAUGGUACCUAUAAUAGAACCCGAAAUAUUAAACUGUACCCAUGGAAUAAAUAGAGCGUUAGAAGUUCACGAAGAAGUACUGUCGAUUUUAUUUCGUAUUUUACAAGAGCAUCGUAUCUACCUUGAAGGUAUGAUCCUAAAGGUAGCGAUGGUUUUGUCGGGAAUAAAAAAUUCUACCAAUUGUUCACCGCAGAUUAUUGCCGAACAUACGUUAGCAGCUUUACAGAGGACAGUGCCGCCAGCAGUACCAGCGGUUAUAUUUCUAAGCGGAGGACAAUCGGAUGAAGAUGCUGUGUUAAAUUUAAAUGCUAUUAACGCUUACGAAGGGAGAAAGCCUUGGCCUCUUACGUUUUGCUACGGACGUGCUUUACAAAAUGCAGCAUUGAAAACGUGGAGAGGAAAUCCAGAUAAAGUGCAAGAUGCUCAAGCAGCAUUUUUAGAAAGAGCGAAGCUCUGCUCCCAAGCUUCGUUAGGAGAAUUAGAACCUGAAAACGGUGUGUGCACUAGGAAUUCUCGUUAAAAUUAUCGAUCAGUUAACAAAUAUCCAAUUAAAAGUUACGAAGUUAUAAUUA